GUGGGUACAACGCAGUCGCACAACGGUAAAGUUGUUGCAGGACAGAAUGCCUUUUUCGCGACGACGGCGCUGCUGGGUGCUCUCUUGGCCGACAAGCGCACGAAGCAAGGAGUGGACUUCACGUCGACUGUAGGGCAAGAGCUCUCCGAGUUUGCUCGCGCGGGCCUGCUUGCCGGCAUCAUCUUCACGAUGUUGUUCUUGGCCAACACGGUGACGUCCUGCAUUUCCAUGGCCAAGAAGCUGGUUCAGUUCUGCAAGGACAAGCCGGAGGAGUCCGGUCCGAGGCUCGACAAGAGUUUCCCAGCAACCCACAUCAUCCCCCUCAAGACCUUGACGGGCUAUGCAGCGAUCGAGUCAUUUCAGCUGACAUUCUCUCCGAUGUGUCAAACUUUCGCAGCCCCACUUGUCAUUGGCCAGCUGCUCGGAUUCAAGGGUUUGCUGAUGCUCGUCAGCGGAGGCAACUCCGUGUGCUUCUCCUUGCAACCUGCUGGCACAUAA